UAAGUCACAAAGACAAUGACUUUCCGUCGAUUCUCGACGUUUCUUGGUGUUUGCGGCAUGUUGAUGGUAGCACACGGUCAGCAGCAUGAUCCAGUGGCUAACAACAAGUCGUUUGUACUGUCAGGAAAGGCGCGCUUCACCGUUUUGACAUCUCAUAUCAUUCGCAUGGAAUAUGGCGUCUUCACAGACGCACCAACGUUUGUAUUUCUCAACAGAAACCUUCCCACUGUGGAAUACACCAAGAAGCAGGACGGUGAGUGGAUGGUACUUAGAACAGAUGCUGUAGAGCUGAGGUAUUUGACAACAACAAACCAUAGCUUUGACCAUACAAAUUUAAUGGUAUCAGUUAUGCUAAAUGGUAAGAAAGUCAGUUGGACGUCACUGCCUACGUGGAAUCGCACAAUUGGUGGCAACUUACUAGGCACAUUUAGAACUCUUGAUGGUUGCAAUGGGGAUAUGACGGAGAACAUGAACUGUUAUGAGAACACGAGGUCCGACUUGCACUGUACCUUAGGUCUAGUGUCAAGAGAUGGCUAUGUGGUAGUUGAUGAUACAAACUCUCCUGAGUUUGAUAACUCUUUGUGGCCUUGGGUUUAUACUCGAUCUCUUGAGUCUCCUUCGGUGGAGACAUGCAGCAUUGAUGGCGAACAGAGACAAGACUGUGGAUACUAUGAUAUAUCAAAAUUGAAUUGUGAAGGCAAAGGAUGUUGCUUUGUUGAUGAUGAAAGACGUAAGAAAAUGGGUGGUCGAGUUGGUGGUGUUCCCAGCUGUUAUUACAGUCGUGCAGCUGUGAGAGAUUUGUACUUUUUUGGUCACGGCCAUAACUACACUCAAGCCUUAUAUGAGUUUACUUUGUUGGCUGGCAAGAUUCCUAUGCCUCCACGCUUUGCCUUUGGUGUCUUCUACUCACGUUACUGGGCUUUUAGUGACGAAGGGCAACAAGAAGUUGUUAACGGUUAUGAGGAACAUGAAAUCCCACUGGAUACACUUGUGACUGACAUGGACUGGCACAUCACUUUUUAUAAAGAGGCAGCAGAAGGCAAAAAAGAUCAAGCAGGUGAAAGCAUAGGAUGGACUGGCUUUACCUGGGAUAAGCACUUAUUUCCUAAUCCAAAAGCUUUUCUUUUGUGGUGCAAAUUACGUGGCCUAAAAAACACUUUGAAUCUUCAUCCUGCAUCUGGCAUUCAGCCUUGGGAAGAGAAAUAUAAAGACAUGGCUGUUGCCAUGGGAAUCGAUCCUUCUACAGAGCAUUACGUGCCAUUUGAUCCAGCAAACAAACAAUUUAUUAGCAAUUGGUUUAAGAUUGUGUUGGGAGAGCGUGUUGAAGAGGGGAUCGACUUUUGGUGGAUGGAUUGGCAGCAAGGCGAAGAAUGGAUGCAAAAGCCAGGAGUCAAUCCAACCUUCUGGCUUGCUUACUUGUUUUUUACAAACCCUUACCAGUGGACAAACAAUGGAUCCAAGACUCGGCCAAUGUUGCUGAACCGAUUUGGUGGAUUGGGGAAUCAUAGAUAUCAAACUGGCUUUUCAGGUGAUGUUUAUCCUAAUUGGCAGUCUUUGGACUUCCAGGUAUAUUUCACAGUUACAGCUUCUAAUGUUGGCUUUGGUUAUUGGAGUCAUGAUAUUGGAGGUCACCUUGAACGUCCUUCACCUGAAUUAUACACUCGUUGGAUUCAAUGGGGUGCAUUUUCUCCCAUUUUUCGUACACACUGUACUAAGGAUACCAAUAAUGUUCGUGAAAUUUGGUUGUAUUCUCCUGAGUAUUACCCAUAUUUACGAGAUGCUAUUGUGUUGCGUGGUGCUUUAGUUCCAUAUCUUUAUACUCAAGCUCGUCACGCAUAUGAUACAGGCAUCAGUCUUGUCAGACCAAUGUACUACUAUCAUCCUGAGAACACCGAGUCAUAUAUGUAUCGCACACAAUACUACUUUGGAGACAGUUUUCUGUCAGCUCCAAUCACUAGUCCAAUAGACAACACUACCGGUUUGGCAACAAAAGAGAUUUGGUUUCCUGAAGGAGACACAUUUCUUGGUUGGCAGUCUGGCUUGGUGAUGAAGGGACCUCUUGUUGUGAAUUUUACUUCUACUGUGUAUGAGAUCCCUGUGUUUGGAAAGGUGGGAAGUGUCAUUCCUCUAAGGGAAGAUGGAUAUGUCAUACGAUCCUCUCUAGGAUCAGCACAAAUGAUACCUGACACUCUUAAAUUGUUGGUAUUCAGUGGAGGUGAUGCUAAAAGCAAUGGUGGUGGCAUGUUGUAUGAAGACGAGGGUAAUACAACAGACUAUCAGAUGGAGGGUCACGGAGUGUGGACAAAGUUUACCUAUAGGGUUACCCAUGACUCGUUGUCAUUAGAUGUGUCUUCUGUCAUAGAAGCAUUUGAGUACUUUCCAGCGAAACGUUCCUAUCAGGUGCAGUUUCUUGGUGCUUGGCCUGCAAGGAAUGUCACCAUCAAUGGUGAGACCAUCCUGUAUGUUGCAUUUGAGAAGUCUUUUUCUCGUUAUAUGCACGACAGCUGGACAUAUGAUGGUCACUCGUUGUCUCUAUUUGUCAAUAUUGUUUCACCUCGACCAACCAAUACAGCCAUCCAGAUUAGAGUGAUAACCAUGUUCGAUCAAAGUUCACCUCACCUUGGCUCUGGAUACCCUCGUAUGAUACAGCGAAUGAAUAAAGCAAAGCGUCUUCUUGAUGAUCAGUGGGGUUCUGACAGAGUUUAUGAUGAAGAUUAUGAAGCUCUAAUUGAUGGAGCAGAAACUGGAGAGAGAAUCACAUAUGAUUACUCUACCGCUUUCGAGGAGAUAGAUAAAUUUCAAGACAAAGUGCAAACGGCCAUAGGACAACUGAAGAACUUGACCCAUCUACAUGAUGACAUUCGAAACCUCAUUCUAGCCCAGCUGACUGGUUGAUCUGAGAUUGUGCAUGAGAUUGCCUUUUCUACAAUUGAUCAGGUAUUGUUGUUGGCUGUGGUCAGAAAAUUUAUUUGUGGUGUUUGUAUGACA